AUGGUGAGAGGACGGCUGCCGAGGGUCCACAGACUUGGGAUUAGCAGUAUCACAGUCACCCGACCUGCCGUCCCCUCCCUCCCUUUCUUGCCAGGCUGUGACACAGGCUUUGGGAAGGCUGCAGCGCGGCGUCUGGACGCCCAGGGUUUUGAGGUUUUUGCUACGGUGUUGGAUCUGUGUGGGGAAGGAGCCAGGGAGCUCCAGAAGACCUGCUCCCCUCGUCUCACCCUGCUACAGGUGGACAUCACCCAGCCACAGCAGGUCCAACAGGCUCUUCUAGACACCAAGGCCAAACUGGGCCUCAGAGGUCUGUGGGGCUUGGUGAAUAAUGCAGGAGUAUGUGUUAACUUCGGGGAUGCAGAGUUGUCUCUGAUGUCUAACUACCGUGGCUGUAUGGAGGUGAACUUCUUUGGGACUCUGAACGUCACCAAGACAUUCCUGCCUCUGCUGCGUCAGGCCAAGGGACGCAUCGUCACAAUCUCCAGCCCUGCAGGAGAGCAGCCAUUCCCCUGUCUAGCAGCGUACGGAGCCUCCAAGGCAGCUCUCAACCUGUUCAUCAACACACUGCGCCAUGAAAUGGAACCCUGGGGGGUCAAAGUGUCCACCAUACUGCCAUCCUCAUACAAGACAGGUCAGUCCGGCAACCAGGAGUACUGGGAGAGAACCCACAUUUAAGACAUUUAAGUCAUU